AUGCGCGGCAACAUUCAUAAACCCAUCCACGGAGAAGAAGCCACCCAGCGCGGUCAGGGUGGAAUCGCAAAAUGGCGGAUUUCCUGGGAUAUAAGACGGAAUUCGAGUUUUUCGAGAUCAAGAGAUGGGAAACUGGACCUCCAGCGUCGGGGGACAUUCCAUUCGCCUGAUUUGCUCGGUGCUUGUCUCCGACUUUGGAAAGCAACAACACCAAAGCUGGGCCAAACAGAGAUGGCCUCAGCCGGGCCCGGAAGCAAUGGGGAGCGCGAUGAAGCUACUUACGGAGGCUGGAGAACGAUUGGCACUGGACUUCAUGAAGCAGCGGCGCCGAGCAGACUCUAG